GCUAGUUAACAAGUGACUGCGAAGGUUAAAUCACAGAACAGAACACGCGGGAAUACGGUAGGCGGUAUUUCAAUAUCGUUAUAAAUGUGUUGUUGAAAGUGUGAGAACAUCAGAUGUGUUCAACUUUAUAGAACCCAUUAUCGUUUAGUGCAAAUUUUACUUCAUUUUGUGAUGUAGCCUAUAAAUGAAAAUAACGUAGUAACUGUUCUGUGGACCGAACCGGUAUCGGUAAUGUUUGUUGUUUCACUUCUUCAUCUGACACAUUAACAUGAACAUUACUGUUGCGUGACAGUGAUGGAAUGAUAUACAGCAAUCAUAUAUGGUAUCGGUGUUGUUAAUACACGUGGGAAUGGGCGUUUCUUAGCUCCUGAAGUCGAGUUAACCACGGACAGGUGAUUUUUUCCAAACGAUUUCGGGUUAAGUAAUAUAAAUAGCAAUAAUUAACGUUAACUGAAUUUGAAUUGCACGAACUGUCAGUGCACUGUAGUAUGCAGCGUAACUUCUUUUCCACGUUAUAUUUGCAGUCGUUCGAUCGUAAUAACCUGUAUCACAAACUGCGUUUUUCAUACGAUUGCAGUAACAUAUGAUGGAUGGUUAUUUGGGACAAGUAUUGCAUUUAUGUAAUUAGCAAAGACAUGAAAACAACAUUUAGCAUCCUGUUAGAACAGAACAUACUGUAACAGGAAUAGCGUUGAAGAGGAUAUUUCGCCUUUCGGCACUCAUGAAAUAAGUUGUCAUAGCCUUAUUAGAGGUUUUGACUUAACUAUUAUGAUAUAUGGUACCGGUACUAGGUCUGCUCUGUCAUGUUUUUUCUGUAAAAGCUCUGCUUAGAAGUUCUGCAUAUGGACACUGAGACAGCAUUGCAACUAUAAAAGUACAUCUUAGCAGAUGCAUUUAUCACAGAUAUCAAAGCUACUGGGGCGGCUUUGCAAUGGCAACUCUUGACUUUUAUGGUGAACCAGGGAGUCCACCCUGCAGAACAGUUAAGAUGGUAGCUGCUGCCAUUGGUGUGAAACUUAACAGCAAGUUUGUAGACCUUGAUGCUAAAGAACAUCUGAAGCCUGAGUUUCUGAAAAUGAAUCCCCAGCAUACGAUUCCUACAAUAGAUGACAAUGGUUUUUAUCUUUGGGAGAGCCGUGCUAUAGCUGCUUAUUUAGUGGACCAGUAUGCCAAAGAUGAUUCCCUGUAUCCCAAGGAUGCUAAGAAGAGAGCUCUUGUGAAUCAGAGGCUUUUCUUUGAUCUUUCAACACUUUAUGGUGCCUUUGCUGACUAUUAUUACCCAGUAUUGUUUUAUGGAGCACCAAAGUUUGAGCCAGAAAAGUUUAAGAAAAUAGAAGAAGCCUAUGAUUUCCUAAAUACUUUUCUCGAAGGAAAGGAAUGGGUGGCUGGAACGUCUAUGACUAUUGCUGAUUAUUCCAUGGUAUCUUCAGUUGGUGCAGCAGAAGCUGUUGGUUUUGACUACAAGAAAUAUUCUAAUGUUCUUGCCUGGUUUGAAAGAGCAAAGAAGGCAAUAAAGUCAUAUGAUGAGAUUUAUCAUCCAGAUGCCAUGGUGUUUAAGAAGUGGUACGAUGACGCAGGUGCUGGUGAUAAAAAAUAGUCUUAUGCAUUUCAAAUAAUCCUAGCCAUUUUGUCCUCACUAUGUCAUAGGACUUCCUAUUUGUAUUAGAAAAAAAGUGUAAUAUGUACAAAUAAAUCAGUUAAUUCAAACUGUGCAUGAUAUCAUUUCUCAAAAUACUUGAAAUUUAUUCUGAAUGUAUAUCCAGUAAAAUAAAUGAUCUGCUAUUUUUGACUGAAAUAUUUUCCAUUAGCGCUUGUAUGCACAAGAAAAAUUACAUGAUUUACGACCAGUGGUUCAGCUUCGCAAGGUAAUCUAAUGAUGCAAAAUGAUAUUUUGGAAGAGUCAUUGAGAUUUUUUAAUUACUAUUUCUACAAUUAUGUGAACUGUCACUGUAACAGGUUAUAAUUUUCAUUGUAUGAAAUUAUAUACCUCAUGCGUAAAUUGAAGGUGGAGGGGGGGGGGGGGGGGGGGGGGUUGCCAGCUGCAUCAGGACUCUUCACGGAACCAGUGGCAAUGAGUGAAAAUGUCCAAAAGAACAGACACCACACAUUCAUAAAAUUAUACGUCUCAUUAUUUGAAGUGUGUCAUUUAAAUUAUUACCAUUUUAGCUAUUGGAUUAAUUUUAAUUGCAUAUGAUUAUUUCUGUCAAGUGUAGCACUACAUAGAAUUGUUUGAUUUAACUCAGUAUCCAUAGCAUAGAAUAUAAAAGUAAAAAAAAAAAAAAAGAUAAGAAAAGCAAGCAACUGUCUGUGUCAUUAACUGUGAAUGUUUGCGCUGUGAAAAUGUUGUAAUUCAAUAAAAAUGCUAUUUUUAUUCAUGA